GAUUGGACGCAUUCAAACACUAUAAACUAAUCUGGUUUUGCAGCGAAGGAACCCCUUCUCCUGUGGUGUGGACCGUUCCUCCGUUCCUCCUCAUCCAGACUAGGUGAGAGCUGCUCACAGCGCCAGACGGACCAGAGCGGGUUAGUGUGGAUACGCAGCGGAGCGCACGGCUGAGGACUCUGUACAGCGCAACUCCAACACAAAUGGAUAUUUACGUGGCUUUGUUAUCCCUUUUCUUUUUUACCAAACCAGCUUUGGCUUUCGGAUCAGAUCAAGACUACCAAAUUGAUAUCAUCAAUGAACUUGACCUGGCAAAUGCCACCUAUGGAAUUACCCAAGUGGCGGGGCUUCACAACAGCAGCAAAGCCUUCCUUUUUCGAGAUGUUGGGAGAGCAGUUCACGCCCCGGCACACAUCACAGAGAAAGUGGUGCAGCUGUUCAGAAGUAAAAGUGAGUUUACCUUCUUGGCCUCCAUCCAGCAGAAGUCCUCCACAUCAGGAGUCAUAUUCUCCAUCCACGAGUCAGAACACAGUUACUUUGAGCUGGAGAGCAGCAGGGUGAGAGAGGAGAUCCGCUACCACUACCGCUUCAAAGGAAAGCCGCGCUCCGAGUCCUUCCCCUACCGCCUUGCUGAUGGCCAGUGGCACAAGAUCGCUCUCACCAUCAGCGCCACCCACUUACUGCUGCACAUCGACUGUAACAGGAUUUAUGAGCGGGUGAUAGACCCUCCUCAGAUGGAGCUCACCCCAGGCAGUGGAGUGUGGCUAGGCCAGCACAGCCACAAGCAUGGCCUGUUCAAGGGCAUUAUCCAGGAUGUGAAGUUGAUUUUCGCUCCCAACGGCUACAUUACACAGUGUCCUAACCUUAACCGCACCUGUCCGACCUGCAGCGAUUUCCUGAGCCUGGUGCAAGGCAUUAUGGACCUUCAGGAGCUCCUGGCCAAGAUGACCCUGAAGUUGAACUACGCCGAGUCCAGGCUGACCCAGCUGGAGGGCUGUCACUGCGAGAGGACCUGCGGUGCCAACGGCCUGGUCUACCGGGAUAAGGAGCUUUGGGUGGAGCCCGAGAACUGCAGGAACUGCGCAUGUAAGAAUGGUGUAGUGGAGUGUCGCAGGAUUUUCUGUUCUCCAGCAAACUGCACAGAGGACUUGCUGCCUGUACAUGUUAAUGGGACUUGCUGCAAGAAAUGCAGACCAAAAUGUAUCUACAUGGGCCAGACCUUUUCUGAAGGCCAGCGCUUUUUAUCGAGGAGCUGCAGGGAAUGCAAGAAUGGCCUGAUGGUGAAAGUCACAGAAACUUGUCCAGAGCUCAACUGCACCAUCAGUGAACAGAUAUUACCAGAUGGCAGAUGCUGCAAUGUUUGCAGAGGUUAUGACUUCUGCGCAGAGGGACUCAUUUGUGGAGAAAACUCUGAGUGUAAAAACCGGAAUACUAAAGCAGAGUGUGAAUGCAAGAGCGGCUAUGCCUCCAUCCAUGGGGAUUCUACUUACUGUGAAGAUAUUGAUGAGUGUACGACCCAGAUGCAUUACUGCCAGUCCAACACGGUGUGUGUCAACCUGCCCGGCAGCCAUCGCUGUGACUGUCUGCCAGGCUUCAUCAGAGUGGAUGAAUACUCCUGCACUGAGCAUGACGAGUGCGCCAGCGGUCAAAAUUUGUGUGAUGAAAAUGCCAUCUGCACCAACACCAUCAGAGGACACCUGUGUACCUGCAAGCCUGGCUACGUGGGCAACGGCACCAUCUGCAGAGCCUUCUGUGAGGAGGGAUGCAGGAGCGGAGGGACCUGUGUGUCUCCAAACACGUGCGUCUGUCCCUCGGGAUUUACAGGACACCGCUGUGAGACAGAUAUUGACGAGUGUGCAGAGGGCCUGAUUGAGUGCCACAACCACUCCCGCUGUGUCAACCUGCCCGGCUGGUACCACUGUGAAUGCAGAAGUGGUUUCCAUGACAAUGGCUCCUACCUGCUCGAUGGGAGCUCCUGCAUUGACAUCGAUGAGUGCAGUUUGCAGACACACACCUGCUGGAAUGACAGUGUGUGUGUGAACCUCCCAGGAGGCUACGACUGUGUGUGCACGUCUGGUCCGGGCUGCAGCGGCGACUGCCCACAGGAGGAGGGAAUCAGACGCAAUGGAGAAGACUGGAAACCCAGCUUUGACCGCUGUGCUAUAUGCUCCUGCAAGGACGGGCAGACGUACUGCAGGAGGAGACCCUGUGACUGCGGAGACCCAGACGAGGAUCUGUUCUGCUGUCCUGGCUGUGACAACAGGCCCAGCAGCCAGUGUCUGGACCAGAGUGGACGCACGCUCUACCGCAGCGGAGCAUCCUGGCUGUAUGGCUGCCAGCAAUGUCGCUGCAUGGAGGGGGAGGUGGACUGCUGGCCUCUGGUUUGCCCCGUGUUGAUGUGCGAGUACACGGCGGUGGCGGAGGGCGAGUGUUGCCCGCGCUGCGUCACAGACCCCUGCCUGGCCGACAACCUGUCGUAUGACAUCCGGCAGACGUGCCAGGACCCUGCAGGCGUCGUCCGCCUCAGCGGAGACACAUGGCAUAUGCCCAACUCACCCUGUACUACCUGCAAGUGUAAGUGGUGGAAGGAGUCCGGACGACUUUGGGCAAAGAGCAUGAACUUUCCUUUAAGGGAGGUAUUAUCACAUUUCUUAAUGUUUACUGGCUGAGAACACUAUUUGCUCUGAGGAAGGAAGGUCUGACUUCAUAUAUUUAAAUGGAAAGUGUACUUGCGUAGGUCAUUGUGUGGGACCCGCAGUUUGGUAUACUUUUCUGUUGUUGCCACUGCUUGUUUGUGUGUGGGUGCGUAUGCUCAUUUGUGGGAGGUUGUGAAAGUUUUGGGGGAGGUUUUUUUCCAUGUUUUUUGUUCUCUUUACUGCCGCUACCAGCCCAAAGGAAUAUGAAAAGAAAGAAUAGGCAGAAGUGGCAGAGCCUACAAGUCGAUAACCUCAAACGCCUGCAGUACAACAUGUGCUGUACAGACUGGGCACUGCACAUUCUUUUUUUCACUACCUUAAUUUGAACAAUAUAACAGUGUCUUUCUACAAAAAUAUUGUUCGUAAUUAAUUUUCAGUCCUGGUUGAUUUGGCGACACCUUUGGUUUCCAUUUGAAAUCACAUAUAUCGACCACUGGAGGCAGCAAAAACACUGACCGGCUACUCUGUCAGAAAUGCAACAGAAGUAGAAAGGUGUAUCUGUUUGCAGUGCGGCCAAUCCCACUGUGGGCUGAGAGGAUUUAUUGCGUCACAUUGUUUCAAAUAAAGACUAUAGAAGUCAGUCAUCUGACGUGGUAAUACUGAUUGAGCCCAUCAUUGGAUACUCGACCGUUUUUGAUAAUCGAUGCUUCAGUCAGUACUCAAAUAAUACUCAGGGUGCAAUACCCAGCUUCACAACAAAAUAUGCAGAAUGAAUGAUGUGCACCUGUGACAUGCACCUUCACCUUAGCAUCAACCCCAGCAAAAUGCACCGAGGAUGCAUUGCUGUGUGGGAGGCACAAGACACAGCUCAACCAGGUCAACUGCAGCUUCUGUACACCGGUGCAAUGAGGCCUGCCCUUUCAAAGACAAGAAUACAUAUUUGGUAUUCACAACAGACGGAUAUGAAUGACAACUAACCGGAAUAACUGCCCUGCUGUGCUGCCGAGAGAAAGAAAAAAUACAGAAAAAGAGAAGCAGCCAGACACAAAAUUGGUCUACUGGUUGACUUUGAUCAAAAGAGAAGAUAUAAAAGCAGGGGAAAGAAUGAUUAGUCUGGGUGUUUAAUAGGAAAUUGAAGAUGAAAUGUCCAAACCCCUUCAGCAGCAAGAGAAGAGUAAUAGAGACAGCCAAAGCCAACAUCUUCAUCUGAGAUCAAUGAUUUCUAAUCCAGAACACAUGCACGCAUUAAUGAUCUCUUAACAUCUCACACCUUUUUCAUCACCCCCCCCCCAUCCUCUUAAUCUCCGACCCACUAAUUCCCUCAACGCUGUUUGCUGAACAUCUGAGGUCCCUGUAUCCCAAUAACUCCAUCGGACUGGACAAACAGGAGUUGGCAAACAUUUAAAAAACUGCCUCCCACUGAAAAGUUCUCUCCUCUCCACAGAGGCACUCUCCUUUUGAUAAAUAUCUCACCGUUUAAUGACGCAAUUUUGCUGAAAAGUUCAAGAUCAUUACCAAGCAGAGAGUGAGAGGUGCAUAUGUUACCGGCGAAUAAAAACAAUGAGACUGCCAAUUCGCCAAUGAAAAAUAUGGCCAAGCUUGGUGUACAGGCUGUUGUAUAUUUAUGGAAGCCCAUUUGCUGCAGCUGAUAUUUGUAACUAGGAAUGGGUAGCACACUGUGUUGUAUCUAAAAUGAAAUAUGAAACCACUAAAGCGAAAACAGUGAGUAUUUGGAGAAAGUUGAGCUGGAAUAUUCCAAGCAGGAAAUAAGGUAGAAACUUGAUGGCACUUCGUCCAGCAGAUUAAAAUUUUUGAUGUAGAAAAAUGUAUUAGAGCUCCUCUGGAGAUAGAAAUGACUUCACUGAUUAAGUUAGCUAAAAUCAAAUAUGUAUUGUACACGUUGUCAGCAUAAAAGCCCACCUAACAUCUGGUCCCAGUGGAUGGAAAAUACUUUCACCAAACUGCACUUGUAUCGAAAGCUUCCUCCAACACGUCAAAUAACAUCAACAAAUUAAGUUAACUAGUGAACAGAAAGAGGAUGGUAAGCUACCAUUUCUAGACACCGUGUUCACGUGAAGGCUUACAACAUAAUUUUUUUUUUUUUUUUUUUUUUAAAUCAGUGGUGAGGGCCCCCCUAUACCAGAGCAGAACAUCUUCUUAAAUGAGGUGGAGGAUAGAAAGAGCGAGAUACCGCAGGUCUGGGUUUGGAAAUUGAAUUGCUAUUCAGAAAUCAUUUGAAAAUAUAUACAAAACAAUUACAAAAAGCUCUUGUGAAUUAAUGAAAUGCUAAAAUUAGAUAUGUAUAACCACUGCAAAUGAAAUAGAUUGAUUUAUUAAUUUCAUUAUCUACUUAUUAAGUGGUAGAUAUUUGAUAUAUAUCAUUUGUACAAAUGUUACUGUUGUUUUUUGUACUAUAUAUAUAGCACAUAGUUAAUGUUUGUCUACCUUGUCCUUGUUUUUAGCCACAUUUAUGUCAAUUUCUGCGUAUGUACAUAGAGAGCAACGAAAAACCGGUAUGUGUACACAUACUUGGCCAAUAAAGCAGAUUUUGAUUCUGAUUUAAUUAAUAUAUUUCAUUAAUUUCACUUUCCAUUUAUUAAUAUUUUUCACAUAAUCCAUCCAGUGUAUUAUUAUCAUUAGCCUCAUUUGUUAUGAUGUUUAGUUUCCACAGGUAUUAUUUUCACACAGCACUGAGGAUUCUUUCUAAAGACUUUCAUGUAGGUAAAACAAAUCGAAAACAAUUUGUCCACACAUGUUUAGUGAAUAUGAUGUAGAGUUUUGUUAUUUUUCACCUUUUCAGUUAUGAAUACAUUCUAGAAAGAAAAUAAGAAAACUGUCACGUGUGUGCAUGCGGAUGAAAAACUUUGGGGCUCCAGCGCGGUCUGAAAUAGCAAAGACUCUGAACUGGAAGUUGCCGCCAAAAUUUCUGGUAGUCUACAGUGAUAAAGCUGCUUUUGAAUUAAAUUUGUUCAAAAUGUUACGUUUUUCUGCUAAGAAAGCACAGUCAAUAAGUGUAACCUGAGUUCCUGCUGGUUUCACUCCUCUGACUCUCUCCACGGCCCAGUAUGUUCUGACAAAGAGAGACUGCACAGCUUUUAAUAACACACAGAGAGCUCUGCCACCAAACAGCCCACAGCUCUGACGCACGGGAAACUAAAAUGAAUGGGAUACACUGCAUUUUCCCAUGAGGCCAAGGGUCUGUGCACCCUCGCAUUUACCUCAUAUCCCACCACUGUAUAUCCUUGACAAGUGCAUGUUCUCUAAUUAGAUUCACAGUGAUACAAUCUGAGGCAUAUUUGUUUUAGACUGUGGGGCGUCUCAUGUGAGGACUAAGAUAUUCACAUCCUUUUGAUCAGCAGAUAAUAGUAUUUGGUUUCAGUGAUAAUUAUUACAAAGCGUUGCUAUAACAUCAAAUUUAGAGAAGUGAUUCUCUAAAUGUAGGACAUCUCAUAGCCUUUACAUGUAUCUCUGCAUGAAACAUUUCAAAAAUGGAUUUUGUUCAUAAUUUUCAUACUGAAUUAUAUGAGUAGUUAUAUCAGUGAGAUAAUGCUAAAAACUUUCCUCUAUUCCCAUUUUAAUCACCAGUUCAUUAUAAAACAAUAUGAGUGUUAUUUUUCAAAAUCUUCUCAUUUUUGUUUUAUUAAAAUUAGGCAUCCACUGCCAACCCACUAAGAAAAAACAUUUACCUUUCUGUCCACCAAGCUUAUCCAGUCAGAAAUGAGUUGUACCAAAAAUCUAUAUUUGCGACUUAAUGUACUGUGUGCUUUCCACAAUUUAAGAGUAAAACAUAUGCACUAUGUAAUGCCCUUAAAACUUCAGAAAACAAAAUGAAAAAUGUAUUGUCCAAAGCAUGUUAUGACACCACAAAGACUACAGCCAAAGGGCAGACCACAAGCAUACACGUGUAUUUACUAGUUAAAGAAGAAAUAACUAGUCAGCAGUCUGUAUUUGUAAACAAAAACAAAAAAUAUACAUCACAUGACGACAAACAAAACAAACUAGUCAACCAUCUUCACAAGAUGAGUACAAACUCAAGUUCAAUUGUCCUUUCUGCCUCUUCUCCUGCUGGUCUGCUUUCACAUUUGUUUACUUGUUUACUGUUGUUCUAAUCUGUGGUAAAUUUGUAUAAUGCUUUCCUCAUCAAAGUGAAGGUGUUCAACUGUUUCCAGUAAACUAUGUCUCUGUCAUCUAUGGUUUUGAUGUAUGUACUACAGGUCUUCACAGGUCCAGAAUUUUGGACAAUCUUUAAACAACCCUGUGGAAAACCUACCCAAACCCAACAUGCACGAAACAAUUCACUUUCUCAUCUUUCUCAACAUUUUUUCCUGCUGGGAUGAUGAUGACGCUCCCUGGGAUUCUGCUCCGAUCCACUCGGGUUCCAGGUCAGGUCUCAGUUACUAGGAACCAAGUGUGAACAACACCUCUAUUACGCACAACUGAAGAGAGCUCAACCACCUCUUCUGCAACUAAGAUGCAAAGAAGUAUAUCCCGAGUGUCCUGCCUCCACUGACUACCUUGGGGGAAAAAAUCAUGGCAUUAAGUUGGGCUUGAGUGUUUGUCUGCUCAUACAUCAUGGAAGCAUUUGAUCUCUCCAGUUUUCUUGUUAACAGAGCAAGAAUACCAUUAAUGAUGCAGAUGAAUUGCACCGCAGUUCAACUGGUCCCAAUCUUAGACCUCCUCAUUCAGGUGGACUUUCAGCUACAGUUUGGUAAAAACGUUCAUAUUACCAAAUAUUUAGGUAAACCAUUGCUGUCGACCUACCCAGGGAAUAUCCCGCCUCUUGCUCAAUGCGUGCUGGGAUAGCCUCCACCCCCUACC